AUGUAUAUAUCAAAUUCACCCAUGAAUCGACAUGGAUCAAUUGAAAGUUUAUUACAUGGCCAUUCGAAAUCUAAUCCAGCUAAUAUACGUGUUCUUGUACGAAAAAAUUUUGAACCAUUUGCGCAAGCACACAUUGCUGUUUCAAAAGAAUCCAUAAAUUUUAAGAAUAAUUAUAUUAAACAAAAUGGAUUAGGGGGAGCAUUUUUCUGGCACUUAAGUUCUGAUCGACAAGCGGAAUUAAUUAGUGCAACAUUUAAUGCAUUAAAUAAAGAUAAUCUUCCAUUAAUAAAAACAACAAAGCGUCCAACGUUGACUUCUCCUUCAUUUGCAAAAAUUUAUCCAUGGAAACCCAAAGUUCAAUACAAAAUAGGGCAUCGAGUGAUGUACAAUGGCAAAGUCUAUCGAUGUAUUAAAACACACAAAUCAGCACGAAAUAAGACGCCACCGUUAGAUUGUUCACUUUGGCGUCUCGAAAUCGUAACAGCAUUAAUGACAACCACCAAACAAGUUAAAACAACAACGUUUCAACUAUCUGAUCAAAACACUUCUUCUCAAUGGACACCAUUUAAAUUAUAUUCAGUAGGAGAUCAAGUAAUCUACGAAGGAAAAUCAUAUCGAUGUCGACAAUCUCAUACAUCAUUAUCCGAUUGGAUGCCACCUGUUGUACCAGCACUUUGGUGGAAGAUCUAA